AUGCAUCCUCUUCUACUGCUCCUCUCCAUCGUUGGUCCAACCUGUGCUUGGCUGCCAUUGGAGGACUGGGGUUCUGGCAACGUAACUGCAUCUGUUGGAGAUUCUGGCCAGUGUACCUGUAAUGUGUUUUUACCUGAUAUCACUUUCCCCGCUGACCGAGUAGAACACAUGCAGACCUCAUUCAGUGAGCUGACUCUUGAAGUGGAGCUAGAAAUCAACAAACUGGUCAGUUAUAAGGAGCAACUGGUCAUUCUUCUAGGACAGCUCUCCAACUUAACUCUCCGUGUGGAGAUUCUUGAAAGUGGGCCAGACAAGUAUAUCAAACUAGAGUUUGAGCUCCUCAGGAUUGAACUCAGAGAAUUUGAGGCACUGGUCACACAGCUGAAGACAUCCCUAAACUCAUCUUCACCAGCUUUUGACAACCUCUAUGCAGAAAUUCGCAAUAUGAGCCGGACUGUGGAUCAGCUAGAGAGCUAUGAUCAGAGCAACCUAGAGGUGAUCCGUAUUGAGUUUGCAAAACUACAGAAGAAACUGGAGAACUGUCGAGAUGAACAAGAUGACUUUUCCAACGCAGAGAUUGGCUCCUGCGAACACAGAGGUAUCCUCAGACUAAGCAAACCUGUGAUUAGCCAGUUCAAUGCUCACCUCAGUACUUCCUACAGAUAUGGAGGAUGGGGUAAAGAUUCUAACCCUCUACCCGGGUCUGAAUCCAUGUACUGGUACUCUGGGUUCUCUGACACUUUGGUCAGAACAAUUACACUUUACUCGGAUUACUACAAACUGGUAAUGAGACAAGCCUUUAAAACUGUCGAUUUGUAUGCACGAUAUGACUAUCGAGGAAGAGGCAAUAAUUAUAUUGUGCGAGGCAACACUUUGUACUACCAAUAUAAUAACCCCUUCAGCAUGGCAAAAUAUAAUUUUACCAGUUCGACAGCCACUUACAGGGCCAUUCCUGAGGCAACCACAAGAUUCUCCUACCGUUACUCAGACUAUCAGAACUUAGACUUUGCAGCAGAAGAGAAUGGAUUGUGGGUAACCUAUGCCACAGAGGAAUCGCAGGGCAGAUUGAUCAUUGGUAAAAUUGAUGAGGGAUCUUUUGCACUGCAAGAGACAUGGGAGACUAGUAUAUUCAAACCAUCUGUGGGCAACGUAUUCAUGGUUUGUGGGGUACUUUAUGCUACCAGAUCUGUGAAUGUCCACACAGAGGAAAUUUUCUAUACCUAUGACACAAACACUGGACAAGAAAAAUAUGUCAACAUUCAGUUUGAGAAGUUCCAGGACUUCUAUUCCUACCUGGACUACAACCCUACUGAUCAGAAACUCUACAUGUACAAUGAUGGCUACUAUGUUUCUUACAAUAUAAAAUUCAAGACUGCUUGA